AUGCGACUCAGGAGGGAGCGAUCUAAUUUGGCGCAUUUCGAAGCCUCUCCGUCCGUGAAACGUGGGUCUUCUUGGCCUAGCUCGCUGCCUCCCUCGCAACGCGACUGUGGCCUUUUGAUCUGCGCCAGACGCAUGUUCCUCGCUGCAACAAUGGUGGCGUCCAAGUUCCUACAAGACCGCAACUAUUCGAAUCGCGCCUGGAGCCGCAUCUCCGGACUGCCCAUUGGGGAGCUUGGAGCAUGCGAGCGGUCUCUACUCGGCGCUGUCGGCUAUCACCUUGAUGUUAGCCCGGAUGAAUGGCAAGCAUGGAUCGCCACGAUGUCGAAC